UCACCACACCCACACACCCACAUACCAUCAGCCAUGUCGGACGACCAGGCUGAACAAGCCUUUUUCCAGGAUCAGGCAAUGAACGCGGAAUCCGAAGAUCAAGAUGUGGCCAAAGAAGAAAUCGAAGCCAAUGCUGAUGACAAAGAAUAUGACCCUAUGAGCACACUCGACGCCCAACAGCAAACGGCAGAGUCCGAUGUUCAGCAGGACGAAACGACCACCGAGACACCCGCCUUCAACACGCACGAUGCUUCACACUUAGCCACCGGUCUUCCGAAUGACACCGCAGAUGCUUCGCAGGAUCUUUCGCACGAUGAGCCUCAGACGUCUACACCUGCACCACCUGUGGGUGUAUCUGCGCAACCCCAGACCAGAACUAUUGGUGGAUUCGAGGUAGAUGAUGAGGACGAGGACGAACAGGAAGAUGCUGAAGAACAAGAACCAGAAGAACCAGAGGAACAGGAAAAAGACAAAGAAGAAGAGGAAGAAGAGGAAGAAGAAGAAGAAGCAGACUAUGAGCCUCACUAUGAGCCUCACUAUGAGCCUCCGGCUGCGCUGGGGGUUGAUGACACAGAUGCCAUGACCAUCACUGAAGAUCCAAGUUCAGGAAAUGCAAUUCAAAACACUUCCCCUGAUGUAUCAUCGCAAGUGCCCAUGCAGGGCUCUGCCAGCGUGCCAGAAGUUGCCAAUAGUUCAUAUUCUCCUGCUCAUGUUCCCAAUAUCGAUCUUUCUGCUUCUGCUCAAGCUCAGUGGGCUUCGCGGGAAGCGAGCCUACAGAACAGUACCGUUCCUACCCCUGUACCUGACUCCCCCUCGACUACAAAAGGUCGUCUGCCCUAUGACCGUGUUGGGAUCCUACAAGACCGUGUUGAUAAGGAUCCACGAGGGGAUGUUACUGCUUGGCUGGAGCUGAUUGCAGAGCACCGAAAUCGCAACCGGUUGGAUAGCGCUCGUGAGGCAUACGAGGCAUUCCUGAAGGCGUUUCCUAUGGCGGCCGACCAAUGGGUGGAAUAUGCCACGAUGGAGUCUGAGCUGAAUGAACUCUUCCGCUUGGAGCAGAUCUUCAACCGCAUACUUAUUACCAUGCGCAGCGUCAAUCUUUGGUCCGUUUAUCUUGAUUAUGUCCGCCGUCGUAAUCCCUUGUCGACGGACGCCAAUGGAGAGUCCCGACGAAUCAUUUCAUCUGCAUAUGAUCUUGCCGUCCAAUACGUUGGCAUGGACAAAGACAGUGGUAACAUUUGGUCCGAUUACAUUGAGUUCAUCCGCACAGGCCCAGGAAAUGUCGGCGGGUCUGGGUGGCAGGAUCAGCAGAAAAUGGAUUUACUGAGAAAAGCCUACCAGCGAGCCAUCUGUGUUCCUACUCAAUCCCUUAAUACUCUGUGGAAGGAGUAUGACCAGUUCGAAAUGGGCCUCAGUCGACUUACGGGUCGCAAAAUUUUACAGGAACAAUCGCCGGUGUAUAUGACCGCACGGAGUGCUUAUACCGAGCUUCAGAAUAUCACUCGAGGGUUCGAAGGUGACGUUGAAUUUGCCCACCAGGUGGACGUGUGGAAGCGGUGGAUUGCCUGGGAGAAAAAGGAUCCUCUCUUUCUUAAAGAGGACGAUGAUGUGGCCUUCAAAGGUCGCGUGACCUAUGUGUACAAGCAAGCUUUGAUGGCUCUGCGCUUUAUGCCUGAAAUCUGGUUCGAAGCUGCCGAUUUUUGUUUCCUUAACGACAUGGUCAAUGACGGGAACGAUUUCCUGAAGCACGGUAUCGAGGCGAAUCCCGAGAGCUGCCUGCUGGCCUUCAAGCAAGGUGAUCGCAUCGAAAUCACCUCCGACCCGGAAAGCGACUCUUCUAAACGAGCCGCCAAAGUACGGGAGCCCUAUGACAAGCUCAUCGAUGCGCUUUACGACCUGUCAAGCAAGGUGCGGGACCAGGAGAGUCAGGAUGUUUCUCGUAUUGAGGAAGCAUUUGCGAAAGAGAACCCCAAUCACAAACCGGCACAAAAUGACGAUGACGAAGAUUUUCAAGGCGAGGCAAAGGAGAAGGUGGCGGCUAAGAAAGCGCAGAUCGAUGCGACUGCUUCUUUCGCCUGGAUUGCGUUGAUGCGCGCCAUGCGUCGUAUCCAGGGUAAGGGCAAGCCGGGUGAAGUCGUCGGAUCUCGACAGAUCUUUGCAGAAGCUCGAAAGCGUGGUCGUAUCACCAGCGAUGUCUACAUUGCCAGUGCGCUCAUGGAAUAUCACUGCUAUAAGGAUCCUUCGGCUACCAAGAUCUUCGAGCGUGGUGCAAAACUGUUCCCGGGCGACGAAAACUUUGCCCUUGAAUACCUGAAACAUUUGAUUGACAUUAAUGAUAUCAUUAAUGCCCGAGCUGUAUUCGAGACGACAGUCAGAAGAUUGGCCUCUAACCCCGAAAAUGUGCAUAAAGCCAAGCCUAUUUUCGCCUUCCUCCACGAAUACGAGUCUCGAUACGGAGAUUUGGUCCAAGUGAUCAAUCUGGAGAACCGCAUGCGCGAGCUUUACCCCGAAGAUCCCUCGCUGGAUCAGUUCUCGCACCGUUACAUCACACCCACAUUCGAUCCGAUAUCUGUGCGACUAAUCUUCUCGCCAUCGCAGACCCAGCCCAAGACAUUGAACCCUGGCGUCAUAUCGCAAAUCCAAACCUCCCCGGCACCAGGGCAAGGGCAACUUGAUAUGUCCUUUAGCUCACCAAAGCGGCCCUACCCCGGUGAGGAUUUUGAUUACGACUCUGAUCGUCCUCGCAAAUUUGUUCGAGCCGAAUCGCCUCUUAAGGCCGCCCAAGGCCGCCGUCUUGACCAACCGAAGCGAGGACAGCCCAUCAAUGGCCAAGUCACGUCCCACUACAAACCGCAAGGAUCCCCGGCGCCCCUACCCCGAGAGGUGGUCCACCUACUCAGCAUCAUCCCCCAUGCAUCCGCAUACAACAUUUCGCGCUUGUCUCCAGAAAAAAUGAUCGAUCUCAUUCGCCGCACCGACAUCCCGGCGAGUACUUCCCAGAUCCCACUCCCAGCCAACGCCAGAGGGCUCGGUGCACCCCAGGGUGGGAUGAAUGCAUAUGGAGGUAAGUUUGGCUGCAUAAUUGCCCAAAUGUCAUAA